CACGCGCUGCGUGGCCACGCCCCCUGCCGCUCCCCUCCAAUCGGGCGUGCCCGUGUGCGUAUAAAAGCCUGACAUUUGCUCGGAUAAGGCAUGUUGUCGCCAUGGGCUUCCUGUGGAUCCUGUCGUGCCUCGCCUUUGUCGGCGCCGCUUACGGUUGCGGCUCUCCCGCCAUCGCUCCCGUGAUCACGGGAUACUCUCGUAUCGUCAACGGCGAGGAGGCGGUGCCUCACUCGUGGCCCUGGCAGGUGUCGCUGCAGGACUACACGGGCUUCCACUUCUGCGGCGGCUCCCUCAUCAACGAGAACUGGGCGGUCACGGCCGCGCACUGCAACGUCAGGACUUCCCACCGCGUGGUUCUGGGUGAGCACGACCGCUCGUCCGCUGGCGAGGACACCCAGGUCAUGAGGGUGGGCAAGGUGUUCAAGCACCCCCGCUACAACGGCUACACCAUCAACAACGACAUCCUGCUCAUCAAGCUGGCCGGCCCCGCCCAGAUGAACAUGCGCGUGUCGCCCGUCUGCGUGGCCCAAGCCGGCGACGACUUCCUCGGCGGCGUGAAUUGCGUCACCUCCGGCUGGGGGCUGACCCGACACAACGCCCCCGACACGCCGGCCCUCCUCCAGCAGGCCUCCCUGCCGCUGCUGACCAAUGAGCAGUGCCGGAGAUACUGGGGCAACAAGAUCAGCAACCUGAUGAUCUGCGCCGGAGCCUCCGGAGCUUCAUCCUGCAUGGGCGACUCUGGCGGCCCCCUGGUCUGCCAGAAGGCGGGCGCCUGGACCCUGGCGGGCAUCGUGUCCUGGGGCAGCGGAACGUGCACGCCCACCAUGCCCGGCGUCUACGCCCGCGUCACCGAGCUCCGCGCCUGGAUGGACCAGAUCGUCGCCUCCAACUGAACACAAUAAAAGCUUCAAAAACCACAAA